AUGCAGUAUAUUUAUCCUCCAGGCUGGAGAUUCCCUUGGCCAGGCCUGUUUCAGGACAAGCGACUUCACCUCCACGACAGCGCUGUCGUCUAUGCCUGGCCUAGUACGGGCGGAAGAUUAGAGUUGCAAAAUCCGAGUGUGUUUGAACUUGAUAUUCUUGGUAUACAAGAUCACUCCAUCGAACACAAUAUGUCUACCAACCCUACCGAGGAGGAUGCUUUCGUACUAAGGCUUCGGCGUCUCGGUGGAGCUUUUUACAAGUAUCAGUAUGGUUUCAAGGAUGGCGAGAACCUCUACGCCGAAAUCCACACCUGGCUUGGAUGGCCCGAAGAUGAUGAGCAUAAAGGUGGUGUGUGGGUGCUGAAGAUAACGAGGAGCGACGCACACAAAAGGAAGACGGGAAGGAUUAGGUUAGCGACCUCCAUGCAGGAUCGGUGCCGCGCCAUUGAGAUGUGCGGUGGUGUGUUCUACACUUCUCCUACCGAAGAGCACCUUGUUCCAAUGGAGCCUGUGCCACAUUCGUGCGGAAUGGACGCCCAAGAGCACGAUAGACUACAGCGACUGGCUCUGUUGUUUGAUCCCUGA